AUGUACGGUUUAUAUAAUACCAUCAAACAAAAAUUGAAUAAUUAUAAACAAUUUCCAUAUCAAACCAAUUCCAAAUACAAAACAAAAUUUGAAUUAAUUCGUUUAAGUGCCGUCGUUUGUGGAAUUGAAUUUUGUUAUGCUGCUGAAACAGCAUUUGUUAGUCCUAUAUUACUUACGAUUGGUAUGCCUGUCAUAUUUAUGACAUUUUCAUGGUGUUUAUCACCAUUAAUUGGCUUUUUUCUUGUACCCGCCCUUGGCAGUUUAAGUGAUAAAUGUAAAACAUGCAUGGGAAGAAGACGUCCAUUCAUAUUGUUAUAUUCAAUUGGAAUAUUAACUGGUCUACUGUUAGUUUCAAACGGUAAAAUAAUUGGAAAAUUCUUAGGUGAUAACUAUACGAAUAGUUAUUUUGCGAAUGUGACGCACAAUCAAACGAACAAUACUUUAGAGAAAAUCGUAUAUUCAAAUCAACAAUUAUCUGAUCAUAAAUAUGGAGCAACAUUAACUGUUUUAGGCGUAUUAUUACUCGAUUUAGAUUGUGAUGCAUGUCAGAGUCCAAGUAGAGCGUAUCUUUUAGAUGUUACCGAUCCAGAUCAACAUUCAGCCGGUUUAACAAUGUUCACUGUGAUGGCUGGAAUAGGAGGAAGUUUGGGUUACUUUAUGGGUGGAAUUCCCUGGGAAAAAACAUUUUUGACUUCAUUUCUUGGCGAUCAUGUUCAUAUCUUGUUUACAACCGUUUGGAUUAUCUACAUCGUAUGUAUGUUUGUGACACUCACGGCUAGUCCUGAACCCGAUGAUAUUGUACCAUGUUUACCACUUUCAAAUUCACGUCAAUUUCUCGUAUCCUACACGAGUUCAACGUGCCUUAGUAAUGAUGAUCUUAUGUCGUCAGAGACGUAUGACAAUUAUUAUCGACGAUUAAAAAGACAGAAUUCAUUCAAAACAAAUGAUGAUGUGAUAUCCACAAUUUCUACUGGGAGAAUAAAAGUUUCAUAUACGGAUUAUUUGUGUUCAAUCAUUUAUAUGCCAUCAUCUUUGCGAUGGUUGUGUUUAACAAAUUUCUUUUGUUGGAUGGCAUUAGUAUCAUAUUCACUUUAUUUCACAGAUUUUGUUGGACAAGCAGUUUUUGGUAUAAAACGUGUUUACAUUGCAUCUCAAUUGAUUUAUUCAGUUGGUAUGCUGUUAAUGGGAAUACUACGUCAUCGAAUUGCUGUUAUUCUUUUGUCUGGUGUGGCAGGUGUACUCUAUUCAACACUGUUCACAAUUCCUUAUUUAUUAAUAUCAAAAUAUCAUAAUUCUGAUGUGUUUGAAAAAUUGAACAAACAUUCCAACACACAGGUGCGAGGAAUUGGAACGGACGUUGCCAUUGUCAGUUCAAUGGUCUUCUUAGCUCAAUUAUUUUUAUCAUCGACAAUGGGAACGUUGAUACACUUAGCUGGAUCAACUGUAAUUGUUACCGUUGUUGCUGCUCUUCUAAGCACUUGCGGUGCCUUAUCAGCGACUAGAGUAUUAUACUUGUAA